AUGGAUCCUUCAAAACAAUUACAACAGCAAGCGGGUGAUGCGAUGGAAGACUCUUCUAAGUAUAGAAGGCAAAUAGGGAGACUGCUAUACUUAUGCAUUACUAGACCCGACAUCACUUUUGCUGUGCAUAAACUAAGUCAGUACGUAUCAAAUCCAUGUGUUGAUCAUUGGGAAGCAAGUGAGAGGAUAUUGAGAUACUUGAAAGCUACACCAGGUCAUGGGCUGUUCUAUUCUAGCAAAGCAACACCAACACUUAGCAUUUUUUCAGAUGCUGAUUGGGCAGCUUGCCCAGAUACUCGACGCUCUAUGACUGGAUACUGCCUUUUUCUUGGAUCUUCACUGGUGUCAUGGAAAUCCAAGAAGCAACAAACCAUAUCUAGAUCCUCUGCCGAAGCUGAGUACCGAGCAAUGGCUCAAGCAACUUGUGAAGUGACUUGGGCUAUUGCACUAUUAAAAGACUUUGGAGUAAAAGUAGAGAAGGCAGUCCCUCUCUUUUUGAGGGAAAAGUAUUUGGAAGGAAUCAUCAAACCAAUGCACAUCAAGAAUGACUUGCAACUGGCAGAUAUAUUUACAAAGGCUCUUGGUGCUACUGCUUUUGAGAAGAUCUUGAGCAAGAUGAGUUUCUACAGCUUAUACACUCCAUCUUGA